CGCCAAUCUCAUCCGCUGGUGGUGCCUGCAUCCGCACCUUUCCGUCGCUCUGGUCUCGUAUCAAUAUGAUUCUCGAUCGCAUGUGCUGAUGCUUGGCGUGUUUUGUAGGUCUUUGGACUGGCUGCAAUCUCGUCCGGGUUUUCCCCGCCCCGAUAUCUCGUCGCCUUCCGAGCCUCGGAACUCCGAAACGACUAUCACGCUGACGACCUGCUGGGGCCGACAGCACCACACCUAUGGCCCGCACACGAUCACUUCGCGAUGCUUUAUUGGUCCUCGUGGGUGCGCUAUGCAUGCACCUAGCCACAAGCUUCUUUGGCACAUUUCAGCCAGAGCUCUUUUCGGGCGAUAUUAUCGUCAAUACCCAAGUAAACCACCACGAAGCAGCGCGGGAUCAGAUCCCGAUGCAAGAUCCCCACAUUGAAAUCGCCAGUUCCGCAAAGACAGUGGAUACGCCAGCUGUCGACGUUGCAUCUGAUUUCCCGGAGACAACUAUCGAAGCUCAUGCACCCGGCUGGACCGUCUUCAAGAACCUCUACAUGGCCAACGGAACGCUUUUCAUCGUCACGCCACAUCCAUCCUCGGAAUUCCCCGACAUCAAGUUCAUAACUUCGACUGGCCUGCCUGCCGAGAACACCCCAGAGAACAUUGCAGCCCGCAUGCCGACGGCCAAGGACAUCGACUUCCUCACACCCGCCCAGGCACGUCAACGAUGGGGCUCCUCUUUGGACUCCGCCACGCAGCGAAACCGCGUCUACCCCAUCGAAGGCAACACCUUCCUGUUCAAUGACCCCCAGCAGUUCCUGGACCACUACUACCACUUCUGUGCGGAGCUGCUCGUCGGCGCCUGGGCGAUGUGGCAGGGCGUGCACCAUGCCAAGGUCGACCCCGCGCACGCGGACAUCACGACCGCGCCGCCGGUCACCCGCGCGAUCUUCGCGCACGCCGACGCGACCGGCUGGCGCGACCGGCCGGGGUUCAACGCGUACUUCCUGCGCGCCGCCUUCCCGUCGCUCACGGUCGAGGUGCAGGCGGACUGGCAGGACCGCAUCGCGGCGAGCGCUGCGGGCGGAGGCGACGGCGCGCACGCACGCGUGUGGCGGCUCGACACGGUGCUGCUCGCGGACCGCUCGGCGGCGUUCCGCGGGGUGGUGUGCGGCACGCAGGUGCACCGCACGGCCGGCGAGGCGUUCCACCACAUGCGCAACCUCGGGCAGCUCGCGCGGUGGUGGUGGGAGCCGGUGCGGCGCGCGGUGCUGCGCUUCGCGGACGUCGGUGAGGGCGCGCUCGAGAUCGGCGUGCGCAUGGCGGCGCAGGCGGAGCGCGGCGCGCCGGUGCCGGGCCCGGACGAGCCCGUCGUCGUCACGUACGUCAACCGGCAGGGCGUGCGCCGGCACCUCGUCGACGAGGACCACGAGCGGCUCGUGCUGGAGCUGCGCCGGCUGUGCGGCGCGCGCGGGUGGGAGUUCGUCGACGCCAAGGCGGAGCUCAUGACGAAGGAGGAGCAGCUCGCGCUCGUGUCGCGGACGACCGUCCUGCUCGGCGUGCACGGCAACGGCCUGACGCACCUGAUCAUGAUGUCCCCGACGCCCGUCUCGACCGUCAUCGAGCUCUUCUUCCCCGGCGGCUUCGCACACGAUUACGAGUGGACGGCGCGCGCGCUGGGGCACAAGCACUUUGCCGUGUGGAACGACACGUACCAUACGUACCCGAACCUGCCCUGGGUGGACUAUCCCGAGGGCUUCCAGGGCACCCGGAUACCCGUCCACGCGCCGACGGUCGCCCAGAUCGUCGAGGACCGUAUCGCUGGCCGACUCCCAUGAUAACCCUUUGUCGUCCCAUCUUCCCCCUCAGCCGUUUUUAUUUACGAGCCAAUACCUCUUCUUGCCGAUAUACCAGUGACGUUCCCGCCUAGCUAUGAAAGUUGAUCCUUCGUACUUUACGACGCUUCUCUGCCUGGUAACGAU